UCGUGUAUCGUUCUUAAAAAUCAUGAAUGAUGCGUAUCCGAGAUACCCAAAGUGUGAAUUUUACCACAUUUUCUAAAUGAAAAUGAAAUUUUUUUAACAGCACAAUGAACGUGUAUACAAUGCCUGGAGUAGCGGAUAUGGGUAUGGUCUGGAUGGGGGCUGGCCAACCUAAUCCUGAAAUGUCCAUGGAGUUAAUGCCAGGUGAUAAUUCAGACAUGUUGCUCGAACAAGAUACUUCGUAUUUCACCCCAUCCAUCCAUAGCAUGUCCAAUCAGUCUAUGGACGAUAUCCACACCAUUCACAGUUCGCAAAUGGAUGGAAUGGAAAAUUUAGAUAUGAUGCAGUACAUAGAUAUGAAACACGAAAGCAACGAUUCCAGUUAUGCAGAGGACGACAGUCAACAUCCAAUAUACAUGAUAACCACUGCCACUCAAACUUUGCCAUGUCCCACGCGAAAAAUUAAGCCCAUAAAACACCCAGGUUUGGUUCUCAAAACACCAAUAGCAUAUCAGAGCAAUACCGAUCCAUCUGUUAUCCCAAUCCAGAAAGAUGGAAUAGCUGUGUGUGAAAAAUGUGGCGCAAUUGGUGUAAAACACGCUUUCUACACCAGAGAGAGGCGCUUCUGCAGCAUGGCUUGCGCUCGAGGCUACAGUGGAUUGAUCCCCGAACCACUACCGCUAUCGCAACAGCAGACACCUGAAAACCAUCAUUUUGCCAAGCACCGAUUUACCCUGAAAACAGAAGACGAUUUUACAAACACUUUAACCGACCAGGAUUUCCCGCAAUUACCUCCUCCCCCGAUUUUGCCCCCUGUGGACGACACUGAGCCCCUAAUCAGGCGAAAAUCUGCAGAACUUGCCAAUUCACAUGACUGGGAUUCGCAGUUAAAUGACCAGUGUUUUAUAGCAGCUCCCGUGACGUGCUUUAAACACGCCCCGAUGUCAGACAUUUGGGAGAAUAUAAUGGUUGGAAUGAAGGUGGAGGUUGAGAAUACGGAUUGUGAUAAUGUUUCGGAUGCAUUUCCGGAUUCAUUUUGGGUAGCUACAGUAUUAAAAAUUGUGGGGUAUAAAGCUCUGCUGCGUUACGAGGGGUUUGGCUCAAAUGAUUCAAAGGAUUUCUGGGUGUCGUUGUGUUCGAAUCAGGUGCAUUCGGUGGGGUGGUGUGCCACGAGAGGGAAGCCACUCAUACCACCUAAAACCAUUGAAGAUAAAUAUAACGAUUGGAAGGAUUUUUUGAGUAAACGAUUGACAGGAGCGCGAACGUUACCCUCGAAUUUUAGCAAUAAGGCUAGUGAUAGUCUUAAAUCUAGAUUUCAAUGCGGCCUUAAUUUAGAAGUUGUGGAUAAAAAUAGGAUAUCGCAAGUUAAGGUUGCCAUUGUUCAUAAGAUUGUAGGCAAGAGAUUGAAUGUUAAGUAUUUUGAUUUGCCUUCGGAUGAUGGAGGAUUUUGGUGCCACGAGGAUUCGCCGCUUCUUCAUCCAGUUGGAUGGGCAAAGAAGGUUGGACACAACUUAGUAGCUCCUGUAAACUACCUAGAACGCGUCAACCACAACAUUUUCGAUGAAGACGACGCCACCGACGAACUCUUCACACCAUUUCAAGUCGGCUCCAAAGACACGUCGAGUGAAGCGGGAUUCUGCCGCGGAAUGAAACUAGAAGCUAUCGACCCCCUAAACCUAUCAUCAAUAUGUGUAGCAACCGUAAUGAACGUCCUACGUCACGGUUACAUCAUGAUUCGAAUAGAUACGUACGAGUCAGAUAUGACCGGAGCCGAUUGGUUCUGUUAUCAUGUAAAAUCCCCCUGUAUCUUUCCUGUCGGUUUCUGCGAGAAAUACAGAAUUCCUCUAACUCCACCGAAAGGUUACGAUCAAGAAACUUUCGAUUGGAAAUCGUACCUAGCCGAAACAGAUAAUAUAGCAGCAGGGCCGGAGUUGUUUAGCUCUUAUAAACCCAUGCACGGGUUCGUGCCGGGUAUGAAAAUUGAGGCUGCUGAUCUUAUGGAUCCUAGGUUAGUCUGUGUGGCAACUAUCGCUAAAGUGGCGGGAAGGCUGCUUAAGGUACAUUUCGACGGUUGGGAAGAGGAGUAUGACCAAUGGUUGGAUUGUGAGAGCCCGGAUAUUUAUCCAGUCGGGUGGUGUCAGAGCGUGGGGCAUAAAUUGGAAGGGCCGCCGGUUAUGCCGAGAGCUGCGGCGCCUGUGGUCAAAAUAGCUAAAGUUCUUCUUGCUCCAGGUAUGAAAAAACGCGGAAGAAAAAAGAAAAUUAAAGACGUGCCGCAGAAGCCUCCCGCAGCAACAAAAGUAGUAAAACCAGAAAUGGUAGAACAGGAGCAGAUCACCCCAGUUAAAAAAGAAGAAAUGGAAGUUGUCGAAGAUAAUCAUGGUCCAGAAGCAGGACAAGAGCCUGCCGGUCCAGACCAAAGUUUACCAGUCUCGUCAGACGUAAAUCCACCACCUGAACGCAAGGCAACAUCGUAUAUUAACACAACAAAUACUAUAAGUACAAAACUAAUACCUCGUUUAGUAGAUAACUCAGGAGGAAGUUGCGAAACGGGCGAAUUAUGCCCAGACGAAUGGAAUAUAUUUGACGUAGCUCAAUUUCUCAGAGUUAACGAUUGCGCAAAUUACUGCGACUCGUUUAGUAAACAGAAAGUGGAUGGGAAAAUGUUGAUGAAUCUCAGUAAAGAGGACAUUUUAGAAUUCACAGGUGGAAAAGUAGGACCGUCGCUUAAAAUUUUUGACCUCAUACAACAGUUAAAAAUUAAAGUUAACCCUGCGCAAAUUCGCCAUAUGAAAGCAAAUAUCAAAAAAUUUUUAUAGUGCCUAAUUCGUUGACAGUUUGUGUGUACAUAAACAUAGGUCUCAAAAAUAUUUUAUAUAUGCUUGAUAUUUAUCUGUUAGUUUAACAUUUAUGUGUGUAUUUCGACCAACUUGCUGCUACUAGAAGGUUCAUUUUUGUUUUAAAGCUAAUUGUGUAUUUUCCAUUAAUUUUCUUUAUUUUGUGGUGAUAAUAUUUUUUUAGAUACACAUUAAGUGCAUACUGUGGAAAGUCUUAUGUAUUUUUUAAACACACUCAUGUACAUUCAAUUCAUAACGACUACGUUGAUCACUUAUGUCCUGGUAUUUUAUAAUAUACUAUUUACUAUCAAAUUUUAUGUACUGAAAAUUGGCAUUUAUUCUUUAGCUUACCUCAGUUAUACUUGCUUUUGUUUGAGUUAAUUUAUUUUCAGACGUGUCAAUAUUUUUGCAAAGUACUUACGUUGAAACUAGAAAAAACAAUACAGAAUUAGAAGAAAUAUAAGUUCGACAUUGUGAACCAACCUUAAUGAUAUUUACUAGGUACAAUUUGAAAUACAA